AGUUUGUCGUUUUCACUUUUUCUUCUUCUUCUUCUCUCUAUCUUUUAUUUUGCUCUCAAAUCUCACUACUCCACUGCGGUACCAGUGAAAGAGACGCCGGCCGACUGCGCCUACGCCGGCAAGAAUCUAACCGAAGCCUUCUCCUUCGCCGAUCAACGACAUUCAUGAUGAGGAAUGGGGAUCAUCAUAUAGAUGCUAUAACCGCAGCUGAAAUUUUGGAGAAUAUGAAGGAUUUUUGCUCUGAACAUGGCGAUCUUAAUUGUGAAGAGCUCCUUCUACACCAGGAAAGUCUUUAUCAAUCAAUUAAAGGAAAUGAAAGGAACAUUGGUAGGAGAUCCAAUCCUGUCCAGAAUAUUCAGCACAACGACUCUUCAAGGCAAGGAAGCAUAGAUUCCCAAUUAGUUCUGGAUGAAGCUUUAGCUAGAACCUUACAGGAGAUGGAGGAUGGCAUUGAUGAUUUGAGCUUAUCCCAAACCCCUAGUACUUCUACAGGACAUAGAGAUGUUAGUGCCAGAGCAGCUCCUUCCAUGGCUGUGAAUCAGGGCAUUCCAGAGGAUGAUAUUGAUCCUGAUAAUAUGACUUAUGAACAACUACAAUUUCUUGGGGAAGCUGUUGGUGCUCAGAGUAGAGGGCUGCCGGAACAUCUCAUCUCCAGAUUACCUAAAUUCAAGUACAGCACAGGAAUCUUCAAGAAACAGAAAAAAGAAGAUUGUGUGAUUUGCUUCACAACCUACAAACGUGGAGAUAAGUUGAUUGCCUUGCCUUGUGCACAUCAAUAUCAUUCAGAUUGCAUCUCACUGUGGUUGAGACAAAAGAAGAACUGUCCCAUGUGCCUAAAAGAGGUAUCUGAGCAGUGAUCGAAAUAGCUAAUAUAUGUUCUUUUGUCAUUCCAUGAACACUAUGUCUACACUAAUAUACAUAUGCUAUCUGUAAGUGUGUUAUGAUUUUUUAUAUCUCAGCAUGUUUUCAUUUUGUGCUGAUAGUUUGUAAUAUUCUGUGUGAUUAGUAAUACUUAGUCCUUGUUUGUUUUGGAAAUUAAUAGUACAAUAAUACUAGUUAC